ACAAGCACGGAGUUAGCCAGUAACGUGCUUCUCUCCCUUCAUUCCCCGGUUCUGUAAUGUCUUGGAGUUGUUGUUUACACCUUCUCAUGAUCUGGAUAGCCUUGUCCUGGAUCGGGCAGCUCCUGGAGCUUGCCUUUGAGGGUUCGGCAACCCAAGGGAAAGAAAGUAAGCAAGUAAGCAAAACUGGAUGGCAGUAAGAUCUCUAGAUAUAUAGCGGUAUUGCUCAAAGACUGCCUCGUUUUUCGUUCUCAUGGAUUGAAGCUCGGAGGCCGGUUUUUUUAAACGCUCGUACCUCGGAGUUAAGGCUUGGACAUUAUCUAGAAUGUGCGUCAGCUCACUACUUUGAGCAAUGCAUUUUCAAACCGGUUAACGUCCAAGUCACUGACUCCGAGGAAAGAGCUUUAAAAAAUUGGCCCGCUCUCGUACAAUUUAUCGUCUUGAAUAGAGGCUGAAAGCAGUUCUGUGUCCUGUGCCUCCUUGUCACUUCAAAGUUAUUGUAGAAAAAGAAAACCAACCAAAGAUAUCAUUGACUUAACAAGCCGAGUUAUUGACUUGCGACCCUCAAAACAAAAUGUGUCCAGGGAAGCUAUCGGAAAAGUGGAACAGCUGGACCCUUUUGAGGGUGGGCAGAAAAGCUUGAUGUUGCUUCCAAGUGUUUUAAGGUGCUUCCAACAACACUUCUGCUAUUCCUGUCCUUUUUCAGAGGAAAGUGAACUAAAUGAUAGAAUUCACACAAGCCAUGUCUUCUCAGCCCCCAGACGGAGGAUGGGGUUGGGUGGUUGUGGGUGCCAGUUUCUAUUGCAACUUUAUCCUUAAUGGGAUCAUUUUUUCAUUUGGAAUCCUCCUUACCCCUUUGGCGGACCACUUUCAAGUGAAACGAAGUACGAUCGCCUGGUCUGGGAGCAUUGUCACUGGCUUGUUCCUCGGUUCUGGCCCAUUAGUCAGCUAUCAAAUCCGUCGAUUUGGAUGCAGACCAGUCAGCAUGGCAGGGAGCCUUUUGGCGGCCUUGGGCAUGUGUCUUAGCUCAUCGUCUAGCUCCAUUGAUGCUUUCAUAGUGACUUACGGAAUAAUGAGUGGACUUGGAUUCGGGAUGGUAUAUUUACCGUCCCUCGUGAUUUGUGGCCUUUACUUUGAUAAGAAGAGGGCCCUGGCCACUGGGAUUGCCCUCUGUGGAUCGGGAACCGGAGGCCUAGUGCUAUUGCCUCUAUCCACUUCCCUGCUUCAUCAUUUUGGCUGGCAAGGAGCCAUUAUGUGUUUUUCAGGCUUGUGCCUGAGUUGUUUCUUUGUCAGCAUUCUAAUGCGUCCCGUUACGCUCAUCUCCAACGUCGAAGACGACCAUGAAGGCCAGGAGGGCCCGAUGGUAAUCCCAAUCGAACGGCAUGAGAAUGAAGCCACGUACGUUGAUUUGAGAAGGGAUCCUUUGUUCCUUCUGAUGUGUUUCAGUAACCUUUUUGCCUAUUUGGCAGCUUAUAAUCCGUUCAUCUUCCUUCCCGACCUCAUGGCGUCCAAAGGUGUGACCAAGGAGGCGGGGAGCCUCAUCAUUAGUGGUAUCGGAAUUUCGACCAUUGUCGGUCGAAUAUCCUUGGGAGCGUUCAUAGAUCACCCGAGAGUGAGCUCGUUGCUUGUAUCUUGCCUAUCAGUUUCAAUCACAGGGCUGAUCGUUAUGUUCUUACCGUUUUGCUCAAAUCUUCUUGGUUUUACAUUGGUCACUUUAGCCUUUGGAUUCGCAGCAGCCCCAUUUUUCUCGUUUCCAUCAGUGGUUUUGGUCGAUCUUUUGGGCUUACCCCGCCUUACUGAUGCAUUGGGUUUUCUGAAUGUGUUCAUCGGCUUAGGAGCUACAUUGGGCCCUCCCAUCGGGGGAUUUUUGUUGGAACACACGGGAGGAUUCCUAUGGCCAUUCGUGUUCACUGGGAUUUUGUUGCUCAUGGCUGGAUUGGCGACGAAACUAACUUACCUGCUCGAAAAGAAGAGACAUUCCUCAAAUUCCACGAUUGAGACGGAUAUUCAAUCUGUUUGAACCUGGCCCUAUCAAAAAAUAGAAUAAAAAUCUGUCACGUGUUUCGAAUAAAUGCCAUUUUUGA